AAACGAAAGGCAUUCUUCCUCGUUGGUGUUAUUUGUGUAAGCUCCUGUGAAGAUUAUUGUUUACUUGAUUACUAGCCACGUGGUGUUGUAGAGUCACGUCAACAAUUUUCCAUUUUUGUUUAUAGUUUCAUUAUGAAGUAGCGACCACAUGGAAACUAAUGAUGUUAAAGAAUUUUAUCAGUGUGUUGUAUGUGAUGAAAUUUUUCAACAAUAUGAUGAUUUAGAAAAGCACAGUAAAAUACAUAUUAAAGAAGAGAAAACUGAUGAUGUAGAUGGAUAUUGUCAUGUUAAAGAAGAGAAAACAGAUGAUGUAGGUGAAUAUUGUCAUGUUAAAGAAGAGAAAACUGAUGAUGUAGAUGAAUAUUGUCAUGUUAAAGAAGAGAAAACUGAUAAUGUAGAUGAAUAUUGUCAUGUUAAAGAAGAGAAAACUGAUGAUGUAGAUGAAUAUUGUUAUGUUAAAGAAGAGAAAAUUGAUGAUAUAGAUGAAUAUUGUCAUGUUAAAGAAGAGAAAACUGAUAAUGUUGAUGAAUAUUGUCAUGUUAAAAAAGAGAAAACUGAUGAUGUAGAUGGAUAUUGUCAUGUUAAAGAAGAGAAAACUGAUGAUAUUGAAACUGUUUAUCAGUGUAAUUUAUGUGAUGAAGAAUUUAAAUCUUACACUAAUUUAGAGAAACACUGUGAUAUACAUGUUAAAGAAGAGGAGUGUGUUAAAAAUAUAGAAAUACGAAAUCCAAAUCAGACAGGUUCUAAAACAAGUCAUAAAUCUUCUAAGAAACGCUUUGAAUGUGAUAUUUGUAGUAAAUCAUUUAAUAAAAAAUAUUUCCUAAUGUGUCACAGGAGGAUUCAUACAGGUGAAAAACCCUAUAAAUGUGAUGUUUGUGGUAAAUCAUUCAGCCAGAGUAGUAAUCUAAAACAUCACAUGAGAAUUCAUGCAGAAGAAAAACUAUACAAAUGUAGCGGUUGUGAUCGAUCAUUCACUCAUAGUUGUACUCUACGGGUGCACAUGAGAAUUCAUACUGGUGUAAAACCUUAUAAAUGUGAUGUUUGUAGUAAAUCAUACACCCAGAGUACAGCUCUAAAGAAACACAUGAGAAUUCAUACUGGAAUAAAAACAUGUAAAUGUGAAAUUUGUAAUAAAUCCUUCACUGAGAGUGGAAGUCUACAACGACACAUGACAAUUCAUACUGGUGAAAAACCUUAUAAGUGUGAUGUUUGUAGUAAAUCAUUCACCACCAGUGCUAGUCUACAGCAGCACACAAGAAUUCAUACUGGUGAAAAACCUUAUCAGUGUGAUGUUUGUGGUAAAUCAUUUACUGUGAGUAGUAGUCUACAGCAACAUCUGAGAAUUCACACUGGUGUAAAACCAUAUAAAUGUGAUGUUUGUAGUAAAUCAUUUACUGAUAAUAGUAGUCUACAGCAACACAGGAGAAUUCAUACUGGUAAAAAACCUUAUAAAUGUGAUAUUUGUAGUAAAUCAUUCACUGUGAAUCGUUAUUUGCAGAUACACUUGAGGGUUCAUUCUGGUGAAAAACCAUAUAGAUGUGAUGUUUGUGAUAAAUCAUUCACCAAAAACGAUAAUCUACACCACCACAUGAGAAUUCACACGGGUGAAAAACCAUAUAAAUGUGAUGUUUGUGGUAAAUCAUUUACACAGAGAAGUAAUCUAAAAACACACAAGAUAAUUCAUUCUGAAGAACAAGCAUUUGUUAUUCAGUUAUCUUAACGUAUUUUUAUCAAUAUCAAUAAACUGAACUGGGGUUUAACGUCCUACUGUUCUGUCUCCCUCAGGGGCCAGAUCUGAACCCAGAAGGGGGGGGGGUGGAUGGCUGAAUGGUUAGCAUGCGCGCUAGUGUUGAAACUACUAUUUGGAUAUUCGUUAACGGAUACAAAAUAAGGGUUAUCCAAAUCAUUUUACUGUCCUUUUACUAUUCGUUACAAAAUAUUCUGACAUUCUGUAUGCUCUAUAUUUCGCCAUUUUUACAUCUGAUUACUUUGAAAUUUUCCCAAAUGCAAUUGAUCACGUACGCAGCUCUGAGCAUAAUUAAAGUCAAUAUUAUGCAUAUUAUUUAGUGAUAGUAACUAAUAAAAUUAUUAAUGCAGUGCAACGAAAACAGUAGUCUAAAUAAAAAAAAAUAUUCAUUCAUUCCCUGCGCUAGUUUACGGCAUACAAGUUUAGACCAUGUUUUGACUUCCCACAAUGAAAUUUAUUCAUAACGAUCUAGGUCACGUAUAUUCCCACUCACUGAUUGGUUCAAUAGUAGUAGAUUAUCAGAAUGAGGCAAACGACCUUGGCGGAAUAAAUGGCACAUGUUUUUAUUUUACUUUUUUCAUUCCUGUUGAUUGAGCAAAAUGGUAAGUGGGAGGGUGCGGAUUACAGGAGUAGUUAUACUAUACAAAUUUCUUCACCUCAUUGAUUUUUUGGGAUAUCAUACAUAGUCUUAAUAAUUACGGCUAAAGGUAGGCAUGUUUUUUUCUUCGCGGCUCAAACAAUUUGAAAAUUGAAAGUACGAUUUCAUACUCGGCAUACACAGACACUCAUAAACAUUGAAACAAGUAAGAAAUUAUGAGUACCGGUAUAUGAACUUUUGUUCAAGAAUUUCAGGUCUCCGAAUUGUAUAACCAACAAAAGUAUUCGGAUCACAAAUCUCGAUCCGAUUUUCAACACUAGUCUGCGCGCUGUAUCAUAAAGUCUGUCAUUGAGUCGACUGGCGUGAUUUCGAAUCCAAGGUUGUAUGUGACAAGGAGUAGGGUUGCCUGUCCAACCUUGUGAGUUUUCUCUGGUUUCCUCCCACUACUAAAGACCCCUAUGCGCAGGUGAAUUAUUGAAAUAAAAUUAAACCAUGUGUUAGUCCCAAAAUGACCUAUGAUAAUAAUAGUCCAUUAUAUGGAGUGUCUUAGAUCUAUUGUGUUUAUAUUCUAUUAUUUGAAUGGGUCUGUUUUGUUCUUUUUGUGUUGACUGUAGUGUUAUUAUUUGAAUAAUUAUCUAUUGUAACGUGUGUUCGACCACGUGGUUAAGUUGCCGGUCUAUUGACUACAGUCGUCUGCAUUUCUGAGCAGGCGAAUUAUUUUUUGUUCACGUGUUAGCUCUCACCGUUCUAUGCUACAAAGGAAAUAAAACUUGUAUUUGUGUUUAUAAUAUUAACUUUGAAAAUGUAAAUAAUUAAAUAUUACCUCUAAAAGGAAAUCUGAAUAAUUAAAUGGUAUAAUAUUAAAAUGAAUAUUGCAUUGUAUAUAUUUUUUAAAAAGUAAAACACAUUAAGUUUAUUUCAUGAUGUCUAAAAUUUGUAUACAAUUAUGAAAUCACGUGGUAUACACGUGACGUUUAAUUGAAUUUUGUGUUGUGGUUUAGAAAAUUGUCGUAUAAAAAGGUGGAUCCAAAGUUAAAAGUAGAAUUGUUUUACAGAGACACUCCAAUAAGUUAACAUCGUGAGUUCUGUUGUGAAUUUGUAUCAAGAGGAUAUAGGAAAUUAUUAUUUUGUUGUAAAAUGUAUUUGGCAAGAAACCGUGUGUUAUCACAUCAGAUUGUAUGGUCACACCAUAAGUGGUCAUCGAUACCCUACACCGAACGGUAUCAUGUUGCACGAGAGAACGAGAGAAAUGGGGUUUAACGUCCACUCGACACAAACUAGGUCAUUUCGGGACUAACAUAUGGUUUAAUUUUAUUUACAUAAUUCGCUUUCGCGUAGGGGUCUUUAGCAGUGGGAGGAAACCGGAGGACCCGGAGAAAACCCACGAGGUUGAACAUGUUGCACGAAGAUCAGUGGAAAAUGUUAAUGGACAUGGCUGUAGACGUGGAUGAGUAUUUACAAAGAAAAUAAUGUAUAUAUAACUGUGGAUACCAAUUACCCGGGAGUCAACUACCGGGAGUCAACAUUCGUAAAUUUUGCCCCGGUUGUACGUGACAAGGAGUAGGGUCGCCUGUCCAACCUCGUGGGUUUUCUCCGGGUCCUCCGGUUUCCUCCCACUGCUAAAGACCCCUACGCGCAAGCGAAUUAUUGAAAUAAAAUUAAACCAAAUGUUUGUCCCGAAAUGACCUUGUUUGUGUCGAGUGAACGUGAAACCCCAUUUCUGUCUGUUUCUGUCUGUCGUAAAUUUUGGUGGUGUGAGGGAGAGAGAAUGCCCAAACCUACACGAAAGGGUGUUCAUUUUAAUUUGGACCAAUGGGAGGCUGUCAAAGCUAGUUUCAAGUUGUGCGAAUCUCGUUUUACAUCGGAGGACCCCCCCCCCCCCCUGAUAUGGUAGGCGUUCGUAAAAGACUGGCCUCCGUAUAAUGAUUGUCAAACAUUUUUUAAUUGGUGUAUUCCUGGGAGACCAAUGGUGUUUCUAGCUGUACAUAUUUAAAUAAAGGGUGACUAGUAUGUAUGUUAUUAUAUGAAACAAUAUGGCUUCUAUGGUAUCCGAUGUUUCUGUUCGUGUGGCAAUGAAUUUAGGCCCUAAGGGCAAUACAGAUACGGAAAUAUUACUGAAGGCUGGUUAUUUAGGUUUGAGACGUAAAAUGGUUUUAUGAUGACAUUAAAAGAAUGGAGUCAUGUCGCCGAUCGUUUUAAGAGAUAUUUUAGCAUGUACAAAACCUACGAAAUUUAAUAUCAACAACGAGCUAAGCUGUGAGCUAGGGACAGUUCGUCAAAUUGUUCUGGAGAGAACAAAAUGGUAGACAGCUUGUGAUACCCGAAAAAACUUUUCCCGACUUAACAGCCGUAACACGAGUUACAAAAUCGUUCAAGUCCGGUCUUGAUGUGGAGGAUUGGAGUUUGUUAAAAUCAGGGCAGGCAUGGUGCAAUACCCCCGAUGAAUGUGUUUCAGCCGCCGAAAAUGAAGGAUGGGACCAGCCUGAUAGCCACACCACCAAAGUACGUGUAGAAGGGUUUUACGCAGACAAUCAACUCAUUUUCCAUGAAGAUCUUGUUGAAGAAGUUGAAAACGUUACACCACUCAUACCAUGUACGUGUGUUCAAAACCUGCACAGGUAACGUUAAACCCCAUUUCUCUCUCUCUGUACAGGUAAAUGUCGACCAUUACGGUCCACCUGGGGAACAUAAUCAGUACAGAGAUUUCAAAAAGUUUAACUACCCGUUGCGAGGGCUGUCUCAAUAACCACGGAGGUCAACUAGAACAUACGUGUUUGGGAAUCGACCGUUGGUUCGACGAAAUCAAUUUUUUGGAAUUGUACUUUGAAACAUGCUUUCUUGAGCUGGAUAAAGAUCGAUUUUUGCAGAUAGCCCGAUUCGUGCCUGAGAUUCGGAACCACAGUGAAGAAUUGUUUCUGCGUGGGACUCUGUAUUGGAAAGAAAAUAUCUUAGAAUGUAUACGCACACUUUCCAAAUAAUGUUCGUUUUUAUGUAUUAAAUGUCAACAUUUUUUUU